UUGAAUUUCUAAUAAGGAAAAAGUGUUGAAGGAAAAAAGUUCGCAAAAAGGAAUUUCCAACUGCCGUGCAAAACACACACGCAAGAACAAGAGGAAAAACAACACCGCGAGCGUGUUUGGUCGACUUUCGUUGCGUGUGUCAGACUGACAGUCGACAUUGGUCCGGUCUAUCGGCGGCUGACAGGUCGUUUGCGCGGCGCGAGUGUGCGCGGUCAUUGAUUUUCUUUCCACAACGCCGCGGCCAUUUUGUUAGAAGUGUGCUUGCGAGUGGAAGUGGUCCGGAUUUUCGGUUUCGGGUUUUUUCUUUCGUCGGAAGUUUCGCCGCUCCGGUUUCGUGUACGGUGCGCGGUUUCCGCCUGUGUGAGACGUCGUCGCCCCCGGGAAUCGUCCUGAGAGCCAGCAUCCGAAAAGUGUUGAAGAUUUCCGGAUUCGGCGAACCCAAGUUGGCCACGGUGGAGUGAAAAUUCAAAGAGAAGACCCGAGAGCAGCAGCGCCGAAGAAGAAAAGGAAGGAUGGAGGACAAGGCGACACUCAAAGAUUUGGACCAGUGGAUCGAACAACUGAACGAGUGCAAGCAACUGACCGAAACGCAAGUGAAAACCCUGUGUGACAAGGCAAAGGAAAUUCUUGCAAAGGAAUCAAAUGUGCAGGAGGUGAAAUGUCCGGUGACAGUGUGCGGCGAUGUGCACGGUCAGUUCCACGACCUGAUGGAGCUCUUCCGGAUAGGCGGACGAUCGCCGGACACUAAUUAUCUGUUCAUGGGUGAUUACGUUGAUCGUGGCUAUUACUCAGUGGAAACGGUGACCCUGCUGGUGGCGUUGAAGGUCCGAUACCGCGAGAGAAUCACAAUCCUGCGCGGCAACCACGAGUCCCGCCAGAUCACACAGGUGUACGGCUUCUACGACGAGUGCUUACGGAAGUACGGCAACCCGAACGUCUGGAAGUACUUCACGGACCUGUUUGACUAUCUCCCGCUUACGGCCCUGGUCGACGGUCAGAUCUUCUGCUUGCAUGGUGGCCUCAGCCCGUCGAUCGACACGCUCGACCAUAUCCGCGCCCUGGACAGACUGCAGGAGGUGCCACACGAGGGCCCGAUGUGCGACCUGCUGUGGUCCGACCCGGACGACCGGGGUGGCUGGGGCAUCUCGCCCCGCGGUGCCGGUUACACCUUCGGACAGGAUAUCUCCGAGCUGUUCAACCACUCGAACGGUCUGACGCUAGUUUCGCGGGCGCAUCAGCUGGUCAUGGAGGGCUACAACUGGUGCCACGAUCGCAACGUUGUUACAAUAUUCUCUGCACCAAACUACUGUUAUCGUUGCGGUAAUCAGGCAGCAUUAAUGGAAUUAGACGAUGCACUAAAGUUUUCAUUCCUACAAUUUGAUCCAGCUCCACGUCGCGGCGAGCCACACGUGACUAGAAGAACACCGGACUAUUUCCUUUAAGAAUAUCAUUAUAACGAAUAUUGUAAUACACACUACAAAUUAAACAAAAAAAUAAUAUACCUAAUAAUAAAAAAAAUAUAAAUAAUAA